AUGCCAAGGACACACAGGAAGACACACGUUUGGGGGGAGCUCCUGCAUUCUCCCCAUAUGGUGUCCGACUCCCAACAGAGAGGAAAUCGCGAUGAUGAGAGGGCCAGAGCGCCAACUUCCUUUUCCAGUGUUGGAGAGGACCGAGCUUUGCUCCUGGGCUUCACCAUGAUGGCUUUUUCCAUCCUCAUGUACCUGGUGAUGGGCUUUGCUGUGGUGCAGCCAUGUUUCCACAGUGACUGGGGAGACGCCACUAACUGCACACUGAUCCAGGCCGAGUUCCUUCACGAUUCCACUGAUCUGAAAGGUGUCGGUGCUUCCCAUUGCCUGCAGGUCCUGGUGAACGUUUCUUCCAAUAGAACUCUGCGUCUACGCUACGAUGAAGCCGCUGUUGACCUGAGCCCGGAGUGUUUCUACAUGCCAAAAAACCAUCAAAACACAACAGCCCUGGAGAAAGAGGCGGAAAACAUCAAGGAUGCCCUCAGCGCUUGGCAAGACAAGGCCGUAAAGUGCCACUUGAGCUCCUGGCGCUACCCCGAUGACGCCAUCCUGACGAAGCGGCACGUCCUGCAGCAGGCCCUGUGGAGUCUGGUGUGGCCCAGCCUGGUGCUGGUCGGAGGACUGCUGCUGGUCCUGCUGGUCCUGAUAAUGCAGUGCCUCGCUCAGCUCUGUACCGAAAUCAUUCAGGAUAAAGCGCGGGGGGACGGGCAGAGCGUCCAGGUUCAGGGGAAAGUCUACCGAAUGGGGCGGAGAAGUUCCUCAAGUUCCAGCCUGGAGGAGGAGGACGAGUCGGCCAGCUAA